AUCCCCGAUACCGCCACUUUAUCCAGCCUGACUCUGUAAUCAGUCAGGCUCUUUUCGCGCCACGCUUUCACACGCAAUAACCUGCAGACACUUUUUCACGUAAUGCUUCUGGAGCGCGAGGAUAGCUUCAUGUCGGAAUUUGAGGACGCGUGCAGCGCGUGGGUGGACAGUGUGGGCUCGAGCCCCAGCGACGGGACCGACUCUGACGUGGGGUCACCUUUCUGCCAAGUUUUCUCUCCGGGAACUGACGCCUCUGACUCAGACUUCUUCUCCGACUUCAGCGACUGCUCCUCGGACACGCUCUCGCCCUCCCUCGGCUACAGCGGCAGCUUCUUCCCAGAGCCGGAGCCGUCACUUGCGGCAGCGGGACUGAGCAGCACCGCGGACGCGAUCCUCAACAUGAUCACCGAGAUCGUCGGGAUCUGCACCGACAUGGAGCAGCAGGGCGACGCCGGCUCUCUCCGCGAGUCCACCCCAUCCUCUGCGGCGCCCUCCGCGGCCACUGCCUCUCCCUCGCCGCAGCUCUUCGCUCCAGCUCCCGGCCCUGACAUGAGCGUCCCUCCCCUGGCCGCAGCCCAGCAGCUGCCUCCCGCCUCCAUCUCACAACCGGUGGUGGUGAAGAGCGAGUUCGUGACUUCCAGCUGCAGCAGCGGCUGCGGACAGUCUUCCAUGAGCGGGAACGAUGCUCUGUUCCCGGCCAGCGCCGACUCUCUCCUCCCGCUGUCGGCUCUGGAGCAACAGGUGGAUGUGGCUGAUUUCAUCGAGUCUCUGCUGAGCUCCGAGGCCGGCCAGGGCGAGCUGAAGCCCGGCUGUGAGGUGAAGCAGGAGCCGCUGGGGCUGGAGGAGUGGCUGAAGAGCUUACCUGCUGCCCAGGUUACCGGGGGAGAUUCUAGCAGCUACGUCAUCAGCAGACCGGUAGUCAAGACGGAGCUCGUGCAGAGCGGGAGCGACCUCCACUUUUCCCCCGCCCCCCUCCCCUCCACCCUGGAUGCCCAUCUCCUCUCCUCCCUCCUGCAGGGCGCGUUCCCGAUAGUCAACAUCAGUAACGCGCACGCGGCCGGAGCCCCCAAACUGUCCCGCGGGGGCAGGAGAGCUCCCGCCAAGAGCGGCCUGAAGGUGAAGCCGUUCCCGUGCUCCGUGCAGGGCUGUGAGCGCCGCUUCUCGCGCUCGGACGAGCUGAACAGGCACGUGCGCAUCCACACGGGCCAGAAGCCCUUCCAGUGCACCAUCUGCGCACGCAGCUUCAGCCGCAGCGACCACCUGACCACGCACACGCGCACGCACACCGGAGAGAAGCCCUUCUCGUGCGACGUGUGCGGCAAGCGGUUCGCGCGCAGCGACGAGAGGAAGAGGCACGGGCGCGUGCACGUCAAGCAGCAGCUGAGAGCGCAGAUGAUGGCCGCCUACUCCCUGGCCCUGAACGCGCCCGGCGUCUAAAACAGCAGCGCGAGCUCCAGUUCCUUUUGGCCGGCGAGGCUGCUGCGGAGGAUUUGAACGUCAACCGGAAAGCGUCAGAGUGACGUUUCCAUGUGACGUCGCACUGACGGCGAUUUUAGCUGAAGCCCCGAAGAAGAAGGAGUGGCAGGUGUUUCCAGGUGUUCAGAGGACUUUAGUCCAGGUCUGAAGGUGCACGUGGACAUCAGG